AUGACUUCGUUUGGGGACUACCACCUGAUCUGGUACGAUGUUCGUUCGGAGCGGGACGCCUUUCAGCCGGACCAGUUUAUCUUCGAAACCGUCGUAGAGACUGUGCCAAGUUUGUCUCGAGUUCGCAGUGCCAACGAUCUUUUUGAACUGUUUUCGGGAGGUGACAGGGAAGCGCCCACAAAGGUAGUGGUGGCGUUGAUGGCACUUUUGGGUGGAAAUUUGAUUGCUCGUGGUCAGUACACGGCAUUCUUCAGCUUCGUCGGGAUCUUUUUGACAGUUGGAGUUUUCCAGCAGCUCAAAGGACUUGCACAAGCGUCUGCAGUCCUACUUGUGUGCUAUUUUCUCAAGACCACCGUCUGGGAUGGAACCGUGUCCUUCGAGUGGCUUGUUACAGUGUUGAUCAUUAUGGUUCUGGCCGUCUUCCUGGUCAUGGUCAUUCGCAUCCUGUCGAGGCAGGAUCCUCGCAGCUAUGUCUUGUUGAAGGAGAAGUCUUCGCAGCAUGCACAGAUCCGCAACCAAUGCUGCAUGGAUGUGAAGGUCUUAAGCUUUGAGGCGCAUGACAAUGUGCGAUUUGUACCACGGGGCGGUCUGCUGCCCAAGGGCUCGGUUGUGCCAAGGGGUGGUCUGAUUCACCUAGGCCAUCAGGCUCCGUAUUCCGUGAAGAUUUUCUCGCCCUUUGAGACGGAGCUUGGGACCUGGACUGAUGUCCAGGGCCACUAUGUCCUGAGAGAAACCAUUCCACCCUGCAUCAUCAGCGAGAGCCGGAGCUCUUCUCCCAUUUUCCGGAACUCCACAGAAGCAGAGGUCGUCCUGUGCCUUUGCAAACGACACCACUGGACCAGUAGCUUGUGGCUCCCACUCUCUCAGGCCAUCGCACGCUUGCGUUGGUCCGGAAGACUCGUCAAGCCACAGGAAGAGGUAGAACUGGCGAUGGUGCCCUGCGUAGUCCGUGUAUACACCGGUUUGGUAAAUGUUUUCGGAGCGCAUGGUCUUGUUGGGGGCAUUCUUGAACAAGCGUGCUGCAUGCUUGAAACGGGUGAAGACGUGGAUUUUGUCGGGGGUGUCACCUGGUCGCGCCCUCUGGAUCGUGCGAGGAAUAGCAUGUCGUCCUUGCUGUCGCUGAAUCGUAAGUAG